AUCCUCAGCAGCCAAUAGCCGACCACCACACCACAGGAAGAAGGACCCAUAUAUAAGGGCCAUGCAUUUGCAGAAAAUUCAUAUUUUUUGGACGGGAACAAGCAAGACGACGAACAUGCAGCUGAAAGCUUCUCUUUUGACGAUGGCCGUUGGCCUGCUGGUGAUCGCAAUGAUCGAGGCUUCGCCGGUGGCGGCAAAGGACGCGAAGGACGGGAGGAAGGCGAAGCCCCAGAGCGCCUCUGCAAAUGGAGCUGAUGCUGGUGGUACCCCAGUAGAUGGAAAACCUACUGAUGCCCAACCUGGAGACAAGACAGCACCAGGAGAGCAGGGAGGUUCUGCUGAUCCUCCACCAUCAAAGGGUGACAAGGGCAAGGAGGGAAAGAAUGAAAAGGCAGUAGAUGGAAGUGCUCCUGAUUCUCAAACUGACAAGAAAGGAAAUGGAGACGCGUCAGCACCAAGAGAGCAGGGAGGUUCUGCUGAUCCUCCACCAUCAAAGGGUGACAAGGGCAAGAGGGGAAAGAAUGAAAAGGCAGUAGAUGGAAGUGCUUCCGAUUCUCAAACUGACAAGAAAGGAAAUGGAGAGGCGUCAGCACCAGGAGAGCAGGGAGGUUCUGCUGAUCCUCCACCAUCAAAGGGUGACAAGGGCAAGAGGGGAAAGAAUGAAAAGGCAGUAGAUGGAAGUGCUCCCGAUUCUCAAACUGACAAGAAAGGAAAUGGAGAGGCGUCAGCACCAGGAGAGCAGGGAGGUUCUGCUGAUCCUCCACCAUCAAAGGGUGACAAGGGCAAGAAGGGAAAGAAUGAAAAGGCAGUAGAUGGAAGUGUUCCUGAUUCUCAAACUGACAAGAAGGCAAAAAAAGAAAAGUCAGCACUAGGAGAGCAGGGUGGUAAACCAAAGGGCAAGUCUGCCGAUGCCAAAUCGUCACAGAAAGACAAGAAGCCACAGCAGCAACAGGCAAAGAAGGUAAAGGGCAAUGACAAAAAGACCAAGCACGAAAAGACCACUACCACCACCACUGUCGGCACCCCAAGUGCUUAAAUGAGAGAAAUACGAUUUGCUUAAUAAAGCCAUUAAAAAAUAAAUCACUUAGUUUUUUUAGCCUUCCUAAAAUAGUUUUUGAUGAUUAUUGUUUUGAUAUAUUAAUCUAAUUAAUGCUUCAUUCUUUCUUACCAUCAAUGUUAAACAGAAUAAUUUUAAAAUAAUAGCCACUCACUUGUUGAGCUUGAAAUUCCUUCUAAAAGCAAUAAAUAAUCAAAUGUCAAAUCUGCCCGAUUAAUUUGUGAUGGAAAAAUAUAGAAAUAAAAUAGCGUGAAAACUAUGCAAAAUUAAA